CCGCGGGGCGAGAGGAUGGCGUGGCGGUGGCUGGGCGCGUGGCUGCUGCUCGCCGCGCGGAUGGCCUGCUCGGUGGCCAAGGCGCUCGCGCGCGCCCUGCUGCCUGCCCGGCCGCGGGACCUGGCCGGGGACAGCGUGCUGGUCACCGGCGGAGGACGAGGCAUCGGGCGCUGCCUGGCCCUGGAGUUCGCUAAGCGGCGAGCGUGGAAGAUUAUCAUCUGGGGUCGAACCGAGAAAUACUUGAAGGAAACCACGGAAGAGAUCCGGGCGAUGGGAACGGAGUGCCAUUAUUUCAUCUGCGACGUGGGGAAUCGGGAAGAGGUCUACCGCCAGGCCAAAGCGGUCCGUGAAAAGGUGGGAGACAUCACCAUCCUGGUGAACAACGCGGCCGUGGUUCACGGCAAAAGCCUGACUGACAGUGACGACAACGCCCUGCUGAAGUCACAGCACAUCAACACGCUGGGCCAGUUCUGGACCACGAAGGCCUUCCUGCCGCGGAUGCUGGAGCUGCAGAGGGGCCACAUCGUGUGCCUCAACUCCGUCCUGGCGCUGUCCGCCAUUCCCGGGGCGAUCGAUUAUUGCACUUCCAAGGCCUCCGCCUUUGCCUUCAUGGAGAGCCUGACCCUGGGGCUGCUGGACUGCCCCGGCGUGAAUACCACCACCGUCUGCCCCUUCCACACCAGCACCGAGAUGUUCCAAGGCAUGCGCAUCAGAUUCCCUAACCUUUUCCCUCCUCUGAAGCCGGAAACAGUGGCCCGCAGAACCGUCGAUGCUGUCCAACAGAACCAGGCGUUUCUCCUCCUUCCAUGGACAAUGCACAUCCUAAUCUUCUUGAAAAGCAUCCUUCCACAGGCAGCUCUUGAAGAAAUCCACAAGUUUGCCGGGAGCUACACCUGUAUGAACACUUUCAAAGGGCGCACCUAGGCAGCACGUCGCCCUCGCACGGAGCAGACUGCGGCCGGCGCCACGGUGGGCUGGCCGGCACCACGCGCUCCUUCUCACGCGCUGGAGCAAUCCCACGGAGCGUUGCACCGACACAGCUUUCCGCAAGUGCACGGAGCACUCACUGGUGACCCGAAGAGAGACAAUGGGACGCUUGAGGCCAGCCACACGUUUCCGUUUGUGACUUAGUUUUUAAGAGUUUCCCGGUCUAGCUCUUUCCAAGCCUCCGAAGCCAGAGCAUUCCACUUCCCUUCCACCAAUGAGCAAGGAAUGGCAAAUGAAACCAGGGGCUUUCCAUCCUUGUUCUCUCACUCUCUCCCCCCAACUUCUUCUUCCUCUUUUUUAAAUGCAUAACACUUUUAAGUCUCCUGAGCCACAGGUGAGAGCUGAAAUUCUGCUUUUUGUCACUACAGCAUCUUUGGCACCUGAGUGAUGGAGAAGGGGUGUAAGGGCUCCUCUUUCUUGUGGUGGGGAGACAUUUUGGCAGGUGAUUUUGCCCGCGUUCACGCAGAAAGAGGCAGCACGGAGUGCUUCUGUUGUACAUGGCUUUGCACACAAUUCACAGAGACUUAAGUUAUACUUUGGGUGGCUCCAUUGAAGUCAAUGGGCGUCACUAUGGCUUUCAGUGGGUCAACUUUCAGUAUGACUUAUCCUGAAUAAAACCUUCAGAGAGCGAAUCUUGCAUUUACAGCAUUCUGGCACAAUAAAACAUCACACCAGGAAACCCUUA